AAUCGGGGAGCUAACAGGAAGUGAAAAGUAGCUCCUUCUGUAGACGGGGCAGGGCUAGGGGUUGCUUUAGUGGGACCGGACGCUGGGAAGGGGAGGCGGGAGUCCUCACCGCUUAAUCCUGGAAAGAUCGGCGGGAGAAAGGACUUUGAACUCGGAUUUCUUUCCGUGUGGUGGCUGGAGAUGGAGGAAGAAGCUGUAGAUCUGAGGCAAAGAAAGAAUCCAAGCUGUAUUGAAGAAAAAGUUCUCAAAGAAAACAACGAAAAAGGCAAAAAAUCCAAAAGAUCUCUGAGAUAUGUCUUAAUUCCACGUUUUACAAAGCUUUUCUUUGGCUGCGUUACAGCAGUCGUAAGUGGAAUGAUGUAUGCCAUAUACCUUUCAACAUACCAUGAACGCAAAUUCUGGUUCUCUGGUAGGCCGGAACUUGAACGAGAAAUCACAUUUCAGGGUGACACUGCCAUUUACUAUUCAUUUUAUAAAGAAUUGUUAAAAGCUUCCUCUUUCAAAAAAGGCAUUUAUCAGCUUAUUCAUGACAACAGGACCCUGUCACUAAAGACAAUGAAUACUGUACGACAGAUGACUUUGUAUCCAGAAUUGAUCGCCAGUGUUUUAUAUCAGGCAUCCGGCAGUGAAGAAGUGAUUGAGCCAGUCUAUUUUUACAUUGGCAUAGUAUUUGGGCUACAGGGGAUCUAUGUGACCGCAUUGUUCGUAACCAGCUGGCUUAUGAGUGGGACUUGGCUGGCGGGGAUGCUGACAGUGGCCUGGUUCAUUAUUAAUAGAGCAGACACAACAAGAAUAGAUUACUCAAUCCCUUCUAGGGAGAACUGGGCUCUGCCGUAUUUUGCUUGUCAAGUUGCAGCUUUAACAGGCUAUUUAAAGAAUAAUAUAAACUCUUCUGCUGAGAGAUUUUGCUACCUGCUGGUCAGUGCUUCAACAUACACUUUUAUGAUGAUGUGGGAAUACAGUCAUUACCUCCUGUUCACCCAAGCGGUCUCUCUGUUCCUGCUCGAUGUCAUAGGGUUCACACAGACAGAAAAGGUGCAUGAAAUAUAUAAAAUCUACCUGUUUUCCCUCUUCCUGGGAUACAUGUUACAAUUUGAGAAUCCAGCUUUAUUAGUAUCUCCAUUAUUAAGCCUUGCUGCAACAGCCUUACUGGCAAAAUACCUUCAGAUGAGUAUGAAAAAGGGAACCCUUCUUUCAAGGAUGCUGAAAGUCAUUUAUUUUUAUUUGGUGUUCACAGUAACAGUGACUUUGAAUCUUACAAUGAAGACAUUUAUUUCCCAUAAAGGAAAUGAGCAUUUAAUGAAAGUCCUCGAAGUAAAAUUGGGAUUAAAUACAAAUAAGAACUUCACAGUUAAUUGGCUGCUUUGUCAAGAGUCCCUUCAGACACCAUCACAAGACUUCUUCCUGCGGCUCAUUCAUUCUUCACUGUUGCCAUUCUACAUAUUAGUGCUAAUCAUUUGCCUUGCUUCUGUGUGCCAGGCUUUCUUUAGGAGAAUGGGCAGUAAACAAGUCAACGAGUCAACUGCACAUGAGGGCAGAAUUGGUGAAAGACCAGAAGUAGCAUACCAUAUAUUGCACACAGUUUCCUUGGGGUUGCUUUCUAUGAUGAUGGAAGGAAUGAAAUAUGUGUGGACUCCAUAUGUUUGCAUGAUUGCGGCAUUUGGGGUCUGUUCUCCUGAGCUUUGGGUGACUCUUUUCAAGUGGAUCCGCCUGAAAACUGUACAUCCUGUUCUGCUGGCUCUCAUUCUGAGUAUGGCUGUUCCAGCUAUUAUAGGCUUUAGUUUAUGGAAAGAGUUUUUUCCUAGGAUAAUGGGAGAACUCUCAGAGCUCCAAGAAUUUUAUGACCCUGAUACCGUAGGACUCAUGACCUGGAUUAAAAGACAGGCUCCUAUUGCUGCUGUGUUUGCUGGAAGUCCACAGUUAAUGGGUGUGAUCAAACUGUGUACUGGAUGGAUGGUGACAAAUCUACCCCUGUAUAAUGAUGAUGACCUGCAAAAGAGAAAUGAAAAUAUUUUUCAGAUCUAUUCCAAAAGAUCAGCCGAAGAUAUCUACAAAAUACUCACAUCCUACAAAGCUACGUAUCUGGUUAUAGAGGAUUCAAUUUGCAAUGAAGUUGGACCUGUGAGAGGAUGCAGGGUUAAAGACUUAUUGGAUAUUGCCAAUGGCCAUGUUUAUUAUGAAGAAAAUGACAGCUCUGGCUACUCAAAAUAUGGGCGGUUUUGUCAGGAGAUCAAAAUGAACUAUUCUCCGUAUGUGAAUUACUUCACACGAGUCUAUUGGAAUAGGUCUUACUUGGUAUAUAAAAUCAAUUCUGUAAUAUCUUUCCAAUCCUGAGAAAUUCGCAGCUUAUCUUUUGAAGAUGGACUCUGCAGAAUUUUUUAAAAGGCUAUGGUUACCAAGAAACCUUUUUUCUAUUGCAUAUACAUUGGAGACAUACACAAUGGCACAUCACUGACUACAUGCAAAUUGCUUAGUGUAUCCUGCAUGAAUAUUGCAAACUAACUCUGGCACAGCAAGAGGGGAGAGAAAUGUGCUCUGGGACUAUAAAAACAGAAGAUACAACUGUCUUCCAAGAAUUAAAAUGCAUCUUUCCAGCUUUAAUAACCUCAUUUUUAACAUCAGUUUGGUUUCCUAGUUUCAGUUUCAUAGUAAUUACUGUUUUUAGCUAUAUUUAUUUAUGUUGGCAAAUACAAAAUGGAAUAUGAGAAUUUGCUGGACAUUAUUCUCCAGUUAUAUACAUAUAUCUGGGUUUGGAAGUGGGGUGGAUGGGGAAUGUUCUGCCAUUUUCAGAGUUUGGAAAUCCCACCAUAUUCCUGAAAUUUGGUACAAUGGAAAAAGUGGGGAGUCAAGAGGUUGAUGAUGAUAGAGAUGGUCUGAGGAACAAGGCUGUGGAGGCUAAGCCCUUGGCUGAGUGUGCCUCCUUAAUUGUGGCUGUUUUCUCUUUGAUUUUUAGUACAGCAUUAUUGUACUCUGUGUUUGGUGAAAGGUUUGGAUUAUAUACCCAAUCAAUCAGUAAUAGUGUCCCGAAUAAGUUGAAUUAAAUAAUAAUACUAUUAAUAAUCAGUUCUGUAAAUCAUAUAUUUUAGGCACUCAUAUACAUAUACCUAAAAAGAUGUCAACCAACAUAACAUUCAGCCCUUUUACCAAGAAAAGGUUGAAGGCUCGAAUUCCAGGAGUUUAGCUUCAACUACCUGCCACUUUGUGUGAUUAUUCUGUUACUUGCUUGUCUGUUUUGUGUAACUAUUGGCAUUCAUCAUUUUGUUUUCCUAGUUAUUACUAGGAAAAAUUAUUAAUUGUGGCUCAAUAGGAGUAUGCCACCUAUUUGCUCUCCUGUUCAUGCAAACUGGUUUUAUGAUAUGUCUAAACAAGUUUGGACUUGUAAGCCAAAAUUAAAGAUCAGGUUUUGUUUAUGAAUCCUGAUGUAUUUGGGCAGAUACAGUUCAAUUAUAUUUCUUCCUAAUUUGUUCAUCCAUUUGAACGUUGGAGCAAGGAAACCAUAUUUACAUGUUCAUUUUUGUUGUUUUCUAUUAAAUUCGGAUUUCUGGCUUAACAUGA